UUCCGGAGGAUAAGGCGGGCUCUGGGCCGUAGCGAUGGCGGAGGGUGGCUUGGAGGGUGGAGCAGCGGUAGACAUGCAAGCAGCACACAGUUUAGGCCACACUGCAGAUGGCGCCGAUUCCCCGACCAGUGCCCUUACAGUGCCUUUCCCGACCUCUUUGGAGGCAGAAAUCGCCUGUGGGUCCCUAGCUCCUGAUGCCGAACCGCACCGAGGAAUCUUGGGGAAAGACCUUAAAGUCAGCGGCUGCAUGCUGGAGGUACACUGGAUCUCAGAAGACUCUCGCCUCCUCCGAAUUUCCAUCAUGAACUUUCUUGACCAGCUCGCCCUAGUGGUGAACACCAUAAAGCGCUUUGGGCCCCCAGUUUCUCGUUAAGCCUGCCUGGGAAAAGGGGCUCAGAUCUGACCUUAUGUCGGUUCCCUCCUAAGCAGACAAUUUUCUGGAAAACAUUCCAGAAAUAGUACCUGCUACUUAAAUGUGGGGCCUAAUAUUUUUUUGCCUGACUUGGUCCUCAGGCACUUAGGGGCCACUUGUUUAGUUUGGUGCUCAAAUGUUGCUGAAGAAAAUAAAGCUGUGCUUCUAAUCUGUA